AUGGGACUGUCCAAAAAGCUGGGCGGUACCACCCAGAAAAUGGGGGUGCCGGCCUCUCCCGUUGUGCCCUAUAAAUGGAGUAACCAGACAUACACUGUUGCCGAGAUUCUCAAGAAGUUUAAGCUUCCCUGUGUGGUUCAGUGUGCAACAGAUGAUUCAUGCACCGUGGUGUGGUCAGAUUUUUUGUUUGACCUGAAACAGCCGCUGUUGUUGUACAGCAAGAGGUCAGUACAGAAGGUCCAUGCGGUCAGUCUAAAGCAAACUAAUGACGUCAUAGAGGAGAUUGGUCCACCACUUGCCAUCCCCGCAGACUAUGAAGGCUGGUUUGGAGCAGCCCCUAAAGGCAUCAGCAAGGCGAAACGUCACUUCCGGAUUGAGAGUAUAGUCAACUCAACUGUCACGCGGUUUUUAGUCACAACAAAAUGUCCAGCCUUCACAACAAGCCAUGGAUGUGACGAUGGUCUCCGCUACAUCCCGCAUGACGUCCUGCCCGGAGAUAUUCUCAGGCGCGUUUGUGUUUUAGACUCCGACCCUGAUGACCCAGAUUGUCCGGAUCUAGUUAAGCGGCACGGGCCAUGCCUAGAGUGCCUGGAUGAGAAGGAUGAAGACGUGGUGAUCCCGCUGUCUUACGCGACGUUAUCUUAUGAAGUUGGUGACACGUAUCCUGACGAGGAAUCCAGGGUGUUCCAGCUGUCUUCUCUGGUUGAAGCUGGGAACUCUAAACUGCCACGAAUACUAACUUUAAUUCACGGAGAUCCGCCAUUGUUGGAUUAUGCCUUCACGGGAAUGAUCAGGUGCUACAGUGUGUUCAGUGAAGAGACUAUACUUGCAGCCACUCUUGAAGAUCCAGGCUCUAGAUGCCUCGAGCUGAUCACAGAUUCGUGCGUAAAAUUCCGACUGGGUCUCAAUGAAGUUGCGGUAAAGAAGACAUGUGAAUACACCAGUGCUUUUCAAAUGUGCGAAAAUUUUGGCGCAAAAUUCGUUACAAAAAUCAAAGUUGCAUUUACCCUGAAGCCUGAAGUUUCAGAUACCGGUGCUGUUGAUGUUUCUACGUCUGAAAGUACUAGUGAUAUGCAAGAUGUUGAAGCCAAUUCAGAAUUUGAUAUCAGAUGGGGGUCUCAUAGGAAAGCUAAGCUUCUCUUGCUGUCCAGCAGUCUUCCUCUGCCGGAUGCUGUCAGGCAGAUUAGAUCGCCAGCUGAACCAAUGAUGGACACAGCAGAUCCCAUUGAGAUUGAUUCCCUUUCAGAUGACCAAAGUCCAGUUUAUACUCAGGCUGAGGAACCUGAGAUACCCCAGCAUCAGAGUUUCACACAAAAGGAAAUUGUGAAAUUAAUGCUGAAGAAAGGUAUGAUGGAGUCGACUGCUAUAGUCGGUGAGGUAUCAAUGAAGCAAGAGUUCAGUGAAGCGUGUGUGGAACUUGAAGACAGUGACACAGCAGUGGAGCUUGACGGAAAUCGAGCAAGUUUGGAUAGCGGUUCGUUACACGGAAAUCGUGUCACCGAUAACCCCUUGUUCUAUUUCUUUCAGAGACACCCAGAACAGAAUCCAUGGAAGCCGACAGAACCUACAGACGAAGAUCCAACAGAACCUACAGACGAAGAUCCAACAGAACCUACAGACGAAGAUCCAACAGAACCUACAGACGAAGAUCCAACAGAAUCUGAAGAUGAAAGUCCGUCAGAUGACUGUCGAAAAGAAAAUGUGAACUUUUAUAAAGAUCAUGCAAAUCCACUUGGUUACCUCUUUACACAACGCCCGGAAGCAACUUCAUCACGGACGGAAGCAAACAAUCCACUGUCCUACCUGUUUGAACCGGCGUCAAACGAAAAGACUGAAAGAGAAUUAAAGGUGACGGAGGCAGCCGAGAAGACCAAAGAUACUGGCUCAGCUUCUGCAAAUAUUAACAACUGUGGCUCUAGUGAAGAACAUGGUGGUGAGUUGAAUCAUUACAACAGGGUGGCUUACAGAACUGCCAGAGAAUACAGUGAUGAUGAUUGUGUUGAUGAUGAUGAUGAUGAUGAUGAUGAUGAUGAUGAUGAUGAGGAUGAAGACGAUGACUCUGUAGAAGAAGAUAAAGAGCAAUGCUCUGACAGCGAUAAUAGUUCUGAAAUAUCCGAACCUUCUGGAAUACCUAAAGAAAAUUACACCCAUGAAGACAACCAUCUAUCAAAUACGACUAACAUUACCGGUAACAGAUAUAUCCACACACGAACUUCUAAUGAUACAGAAACCAGCAUAAGGAAACUAAACGGUUCAGCAGAUAGGGACGCAAACUGUGCUUCGUCCCUGAAUCAUUUACCCAUACCAUCAACUUCAAUUAUUCAUAAAUUUAACUUGGGCCAUGUUUCAUCUGACGUGGGCGUGUCUAAUGAAGAAACGGAAGCUGUCAUCGAUUUGUUGACAUUAGUAGACAUGGAGACUAGCAAAGAUUCUUCCAUGAAUUUCUUUGAGGAGAAUUCUAAGCGCUCCCACAGUCGUGAUGGUUGCACUUCCGGGUUAAGUGGAGUCGGGCAAAGAAUGCGUGUGGAUAGUGAUACUAUUCAGAGAGUAAAUACUUUAUUAGCAGAAGUGUCCGACAUUGUCACUACAUCAAGUGAUAGAAUCUUGGACAGCAAUAGACACUUGAGAAAUAUCAAUCCGGACAACGUUGUUAGUCUAAACACAGUCAUUCAAGGUGAGGGUUAUUCUAAACCAGUAAACAAAGUUAAUGACAACACCGCCACAGUUUCUUGUGUACCUUCAAUUUUAGGAAAGCGUUCAGAAUCAUCAAAUGGUGAAGAAAUCACCUGCCUACGUGAGACAGGCUUUGAUAGGGUCAGAUUAAAACAUGGGGAUUUAAAAUCAAGAUUUCGUGACAGGUUUAAUUCCGAAUUGAAUAUGUCACAUGCUGAAACAUCUUCGGACGUUUUUAAACGUUCCAAUAUUCGAGGUGAUUUUCCUCAAAUUAAUCAAGCAAGAAUGAAUCAAUCGAAAUCAUGCAAGUUACACAAAACAAAAUCACGACAGACAUCUCUCAGUAGUAUAUUUAGCGUAAUACGAAGACAAAAAGGUAACAGUGACUUACCAAAAACAAACGGUCGCCCAGAAAACCACCCGUGCCACGAAAAUUCAGAAACAGACGAUCAUGAAAACGAAAGUACAAGUCCCACAACUUCAGACAGUGAUAAGAAAUAUCCAUUUCCGUAUAAGAGCCAUCAAGUGCUGUCUCUGGCCCGAGCAAAUGUGGCGUCAUUUCAGAAACACGAUCGGUUAACUUCGUCUUACGACAGUGGGAGCAGUAAUCGUAACAGCGGUGACCUUGACAACAGCCUCAAUCAUGGUGAACGAGCUGUCCACAAACUUGUGGUUAUCGGGGAUUAUGAUUUGAUUGUCCAAGAUAAACUUCACAAUAAUAGUGGAUGUGACAACAAUGUGAUAUAUGAACAACAGUAUAAUGGACAUUCGUACGAUCCAAACUCAGAAGAGAGCAAUGCAGAAGGGAGUACGGAGACAGAAUUCACAACACGGGAACGAUACGUUGUUUCAAACAGUGGAAGAUUCAGAUCAAAUAAAUUAACCUGUCUACGGACAAACGUGUUACAAAUAGAAAAAGAAGACGAAUUUUUACACGAAGAUUAUGUGUGA